AUGCAUGAUGGUGAAGCAAGUCUCGUGAUUUACGCAACUGCGGCCAUAGCCAAAGAUUGUGUUGCAAUCAGUUCGAAGAUAUUUAUAUUUACGCUCUUGUGGCUAUUUGAUGUUAUGAUUGCUCACGGUGGACUUUCACUUCCUGCUCCAUCAAUGCCUCAUGAUCGACAUUGGGCUACUUUUCACUCGGUCAUGGCAACACCACUCCAAUCUUCUUUCUUGGAAUCCCAUAAAUUUUAA